AAACAACAAAAAAAGUAGCCAUGACCAUCAACACCACUCAUAACUGCACAGAGCCCCAGAGUAACUGGAUCUUUGUCGGGGUCUACUCCAUGGUCUUCAUGGUUGGCCUCAUCCUCAACCUCACAGGUAUAGGGACAGAAUGUGCCUAAAUUAUCAUCUUCUUGCCUAUAUCAAUGAAAAGGCAUUUGGAGCAGGCCAUAACUCACUUAAAUUGCAACUGAAGCUUUGUUUUAUGUCUGAAUGGCAUGUCUUUAGUAGCCAGACAGGCACGCCAAUACAAUGCUGCGCCUUCAUUAUGUUACAAUAUAUCCAUUUGAUUUUUUCUCAUGAUUAUUCUCACAGCACUGGUGGUGUUCUUCUGCUACACCAAGUCGUGGUCUCACACCACUGUCUACAUGAUCAACCUAGCCAUCGCAGACCUCCUCCUGGUCCUGACUCUGCCCCUGAGGAUCUACUACCAUCUGGGGAUGCAUGGGUUAUCUCAGGUCCUCUGUGAAGGUAAAGGUUUGUCUGAGUUACCUCAGGUCCUGUGUGAAGGUUAAGGCUUGUCUGAGUUACCUCAGUUACCUCAGGUCCUGUGUGAAGGUAAAGGCUUGUCUGAGUUACCUCAGUUACCUCAGGUCCUGUGUGAAGGUAAAAGCUUGUUCAGGUUACCCGAGGUCCUUUGUGAAGGUAUAUGUUUGUCCAGGUUACAUCAGGUCCUGUUUGAAGGUAAAGGCUUGUCCGGGUUACCUCAGGUCCUGUGUGAAGAUAAAGGUUGACUCUAUGCUGUUAUGUUAGCUUAGUCACAAUAUCUGUUUGUGCUAUCAUGUCAACUCAUUGAUGUCAUUGUCAAGCCAAACAUGUUAAGCACGACAAUGAGUCACAAUGAUUUGGAAUAAUAGCACAAACAGACUGGCACUCAGGCUAUUGUAAAUAUUUGAAUAUUGACUAGGCUUUUGGUAUUUUUCUAGGAAUCUACAACCUAGGAUUUUUGUAGUUGAAUGUUAAAUGUUGCACUCUCUGUUUUGUCUGUCCGUGUGAUGUUUUUUUAUAUAGAUAAUAUUAAUUGCUUUUCUUAUGACGUGUAAAACUAAUUCCCAUUGGGGCAGUAAAGGUUUUAUUUUCCUCCAUUCAUGCAUUCAUUCAUUGAUUCAUAGAUUCAUUAAUGCAUUUAUUCCAGGGGUGGGCCUGGUUCUGCUGGUCAACAUGUAUGGCAGCAUCUUUCUCCUCACCUGCAUGUGUUUCGACCGUUGUGUAGCUGUGUGUUUCCCCAUGUCUUGCCGGGUUCGGGAGGGCCGAAAGAAAGCCCCGCUGGUCUGCCUCGGUGUGUGGGGGCUUACCAUCGGAGCCAGCCUCCCCAUCUACAUCUCCAAACGCAGGUACAACUUUGACCCAGAUAUUCUCCUGGUCAGGUCAACUAGGACCAGUUAUUCUCCUGGUCAGGUUAACUAGGACCCAGAUAUUCUCCUGGUCAGGUCAACUAGGACCCAGAUAUUCUCCUGGUCAUGUCAGGGAGGACCCAGGUAUUCUCUUGGUCAGGUCAACUAGGACCCAGAUAUUAUCCUGGUCAGGCAACUAGGACCCAGGUAUUCUCCUGGUCAGGUCACAAAAACUCAUUGCCCUAUAGACCCUUUUCCAGUACAUGACACAUUUACGUCACACACAGAUGCGCGUGACUCUUGGCAGCAGUAAGAAAGCCAUCGCCAUCCAUUCAACACAGCCUAGAUUAACUUUUUUAUUACUUCUAAACAAAAUAACUUUUUGGAGUUCUCAUGCGCUUACGAUGAUAUUUGUAUUCUUGCUUGAGCAGUCGCUAAGAUUAUAUUUGGUUCUGAUCUUUGCAAAAUAACUAUUUUGGAUGCAGCAGUUGUUAGCUAGAAUGCUAACGCUCAUUGAUAUAAGCUGUAGCAAAAGCUAGCUAAAGAGCCAUUUUACUGGUUGAAGUUGAAGUGUUUUUUAAGUAUAAUGCAGUUGCUUUGCGAUGAUGACACAAACAUUAUAUUAAGCAGGACAUUCAUACGAGCAUUAAAAUCCAAUUAUAAUCCAAAAGCAGUGUGAAAUGCACCCAUUAGCAACAUGUAAAUAGAGGCUUUUUUUGCUGGCGUUCUAUAAGAACUCCCCCUUGUUCUGCCACCAACUUGCGCACAUCGCCAUCAUGCAGCAAUGUUUGCAAACACAGAAAGUGGUCUAUAACAUCACAUCAGACCCAACCCUGUAUCAUUUAUAUAUCCUUUUAUAAUCCCUCUCUCUCCCUUUCUCUCUCUUUCUCUCCCCACCUCUCUCUCUCUUCCUCCCUCUCUCUCUCGCCCCCUUUUUCUCUCCCUUUCUCUCUCUUUCUCUCUUCCCCCCUCUCUCUCUCUCCCUCAUCCCCUCUCUCUCCCUUUCUCUCUGUCUGUCUUUCGGCUGAAACGUAGCAAGGCAUCCAAGGAGAUCCAGGUGGACCGCUGUUUCGGGAGCUUUCCGGUCUACGCCACACAGACCACGGCGGUCGCCUCGACACUAACCGUCGGCUUCGGCAUCCCCUUGGUGGUGAUGUUGGUCUGUUCCUGGGCGUUGAUACAUGCCAUCACAAGAAGCGCUGUAGCGCAGACAGACCUUAUCAACUCUGGGAAGAUCCAGAGGAUGAUCGCCACCAGCCUGGUGAUAUUUCUGGCCUGCUUCCUGCCCUACCAUGGGACUCUGGCACUCCUCUAUGUCCAUAGGGAAGCGGUACCGUGCUCCCUACUGUCGGUAUACCACUAUAGCCUAAUGGUGGCCUGUCUGAACGCCAUUUUGGACCCACUUGCCUACUACUUCACCACAGAGACGUUCAGGAGGAAGGUGGAUAUGGACGCCAUGACGAGGAUGUUCCCACUCAACAGUCAGAACUCUGAGGGGAACAACUCCAGAGCACCCGUCAACACU